UUCUUUUUGUUAAAGUAAAAGAAAAGAAAUAAAAAAAUUUGAAUUUUUUUUAGAAUUUGGUUUUAUAUAUAUAUAUAUAUAUAUAUAUAUAAAGUUAUAAAAAAAAUUAGGAUUUCCGCACCCCAUCAAUUUUUCCCAAAAUGUUUUCGGUACAAAACACACAAAAUAAAAUAAAAAAUAAAAAAUAAAAAAAAAUUGCCUGAAAUUAACGUUUUAUUAAUUUGACCACACAAGAUGAUUUAGACGGAAAAGGAUGCAGAUGGUGAAAGAGUGACAGACUAAGAGUAAUAAGAGACUGAGGGUUUGCAUACUGAGAGAGAGAGAAUGUGCGUCUAAUGCAAAUAAUUGAGUGAGAUGUUAGAGAGAGAAAAGCCUAAUGAGAAAGAAAAGUAAAUGAGAAUUACUCGCAUUGCCAAAUUAAAAAACUAUUAAUGCAAAUGUUGGAUUUGCUUUUGACAUGUGCAUUGAGUGGUGUGGAUUUGCUUUUGACAUGUACAUUGAGUGGUGUAGCUGGGUUGCAAUAGAAGACUGGGCACAAGUUUGUGCUUUAAUGAUUGAACUAGCAAUUAUAUUAUAUGCUUAAAAGGCUUUAAAAUUAAGUUUAGCAUUGAUUUAUUAUAAUUACAAUGAUGGAGCAUGAAAUCAUUGAUUUAUUAUAAUUACAAUGAUGGUAUCUGAAAGUUUUCACUUGUUGCAUCAAUCAAUUAGCUUUCACUCUACUUUAUUUUUACUUUUUUCUUCAUAUAUAGCUAUGUCAGAUUCAGAGAGUAUAGAAAUGGAUAGUAAAAACGAAGAUGACAAAAGACCAAUUGAUGAUGUGGUUAAUGAAGUCAUUGAUGUCAAAGAAAAUCCAUUUCAAACAAAUAAAAGAAAGAAAACAUCUCAUGUCUGGAAUGAAUUUGAGAUAGUAACAGAUAAAUAUGGCACUAAAAAGGUAUAAUGCAUGAUAUGUAAGGCAAGGCUCGCUACUAAGGCAGGGGUCCUACAACUCAUCUUAUUAGGCACUUAAACAAGUGUCCACGAUGUAAUGUCGUUGGUAAAAAAACAAAAUGUUCUUAAUGUAGGAAAAUGAGUCGUUGGAAGUGAAACAAAUAUUGCAAAUUUCAAGUAUGAUCAUGAAAAGGUUAGAGAAGCUGCUACCCACAUGAUAUUAGUACAUGAAUAUCCAUUUAACAUGAUGGAGCAUGAAUUUUCAACCGGUUCAUGAAAACUACCACCCCGCAUUAUCAAAAGAUAUCGCGUACAACUGCAAAGAAUGAUUAUGUGGCAGUUUAUGAAAAAAAAAAAAAAAAAAAAAAAAAAAAAAAAAAGGGUUGAAAACAACAUUUAAAAGUGUUAACAAGAUCAGUAUCACAUCUGAUUUCUAGAAAUCUGGUCAGCAAAUUGGGUAUAUGUGUCUUACAAGACACUUUAUUGAUUCUGAAUGGAAGUUACAUAAAAGGGUCUUAAAUUUUUAUGAUGUGCCACCUCCUCAUACUGGUAUUGUCAUAGCUGAUACUAUUUUUCAAUGUUUAAUUGAUUGGGGCAUUGAAAAUAAAGUAUCAACAGUUACUUUUGACAAUGCAAGUAAUAAUGAUGCGGCAAUUAGGAUUUUGAGAGAUAAUUUCAGUAUUAAAAGUAAACUAUCUUUUGGCGGAAAGAUAUUUCAUGUACGUUGUUGUACGUAUAUUUUAAACCUCAUAGUGCAAGAUGGGAUUAGUGAGAUCCAAAAUGUGAUUGAAAAUGUUCGUGAAAGUGUUAAGUACUUAAAUGCAUCAAAGGUAUGUUUACUUAAAUUUAGUGAGAUUCAAAGGUAUGAAAAUGUUGCAAUUGCCUUCAAGGAAGUUAAUUUUAGAUGCAACUUAUGCUAUGUUGCAAGUAGCAAUAAAAUUUAAAGAGGUAUUUCCAAGAUAUCAAGAUAGAGAUCUGAGUUAUAAAUGGUUGCCUAGUUUAAAUGAUUGGAGAAGAGUAGAAGAGGUGUGUCAAUUUUUAAAGGUUUUCGAAGAAGUGACAAACACCAUAUCUGGAAGUCUGUACCCAACUUCCAAUAUGUUUCUUCCCGAAGUAUGGAAGAUAAAAGAAGCAUUGAGUGAAAAAUCAUUGGAUGAAAAUGUUUAUAUGCGAUCAAUGGCUAACAAAAUGAAAGAUAAAUUUGACAAGAAUUGGGGUGAAUGUAAUCUUUUGAUGGCAAUAGGUGCAGUUUUGGAUCCAAGGUACAAAAUGGUGCUCAUUAAGUUUUGUUUUCCCAAAAUAUAUUCUGAGUUAGAUGCAUCAAGAAAUAUUGACUACGUGCGUAAGGCACCAUAUGAUCUAUUUAGUGAGUAUGUGGAUACUUAUACUUCUAGCAACUUAAAGCAAGAAAUGAAUCAAACAAUUUCAACUAUUGAUUGUGAGGCAAAUCACACUUCUAAGUUCAAAAGUAAAGGAAGGCUUGAAUUUGAUCUUUUUGUUAGAAAAAGUGAGAGUGUUCAGCCUUUAAAAUCUGAACUGGAUAUAUACUUAGAAGAGGGUAUUUUCAUUUGUCAUGGUGAGCCAGAUUACUGUCUUGAUGUAAUUGAAUGGUGGAAAGUCAAUAAUCUCAAAUUUUGCAUUCUAUCCAAAAUAGCAGUUGAUAUUUUGUCAAUUCUUAUCACUACAAUUGCCUCUGAGGCUGCUUUUAGUACUAGAGGUAGAACUAUUGAUCCAUAUCAUGCAUCAUUAUCUACAAAAACAAUGGAAGCUUUGAUUUGUGCUGGUGAUUGGGUACGGUCUAUUCAUGGAAUGAAGGGAGUAUUAAGUAAAACAAAAGAAGAUAUGAAGGAGAUAAUAUUGCCUUAGUCAUCCCACAAUUCAUGAUUUCGUCUAGUUGGACCUGUUAUGGUGAUUUUGAUUUUGGAAAAAGGGAGUGAAAUAUGCAUUUUGGAAAAUCACAUUGUUAGAUCAUUUUAGUUUUUAGUUUGUGAUAUUGGAGGCUCUUAUUUAUUUUCUUCUAUGUAUCAGAGUAUCAGACUUUUUGCCUUUUUUAGAGAACAAAAUAAGAUAUGGAGGAGAUAAUAUUGCCUUAGUCAUCCCACAAAUCAUGAUUUCUUUUGGUUGGACGUGUUAUGGUGAUUUUGAUUUUGGAAAAGGGGGUGAAUUAUGCAUUUUGGAAAAUCACAUUGUUAGAUCAUUUCAGUUUUUGGUUUGUGAUAUUGGAGUCUCUUGUUUAUUUUCUUCUAUGUAUCAGAAUAUGUAUCAGAAUAUAAGACUUUUUGCCUUUUUUUGAGAACAAAAGAAGAAAUGAAGGAGAUAAUAUUGCCUUAGUCAACCCACAAAUCAUGAUUUCGUUUGGUUGGACCUGUUAUGGUGAUUUUGAUUUUGGAAAAGGGAGUGAAAUAUGCAUUUUGGAAAAUCACAUUGUUAGAUCAUUUCAGUUUUUGGUUUGUAAUAUUGGAGUCUCUUGUUUAUUUUCUUUUAUGUAUCAGACUAUCUAUCACAGUAUCAGACUUUUAAUUUUGACUUUAAAUUGAAUUUAUAUAUAUAUAUAUAUAUAUUGCCUUUUUUAGAGAACAAAAGAAGAUAUGAAUGAGAUAAUAUUGCCUUAGUCAUCCCACAAAUCAUGAUUUCGUUAGGUAAGGAUAUAAUUUUUUUCAUGUUUAGAUUAUUGAUAUACUUAACAAUAUCUAAUCUAAGUGUUUUUUUAAUUUAAUGUGUAGGUUGGACAUGUUAUGGUGAUUUUGAUUUUGGAAAAGGGAGUGAAAUAUGCAUUUUGGAAAAUCACAAUGUUAGAUCAUUUCAAUUUUUGGUUUGUGAUAUUGGAGUCUCUUGUUUAUUUUCUUCUCUGGAUCAGACUAUGUAUCAUAGUAUCAGACUAUUAAUUUGACUUUAAAUUGAAUUGAUUUUUCUUCUUUUUUUUCUUUUUUUUUUUUUUGUCUUUUUAGAGAAUAAAAGAAGAUAUAAAGGAUAUAAUAUUGCCUUAGUCAUCCCACAAAUCAUGAUUUGGUUUGUGUAGGUUGGACCUGUUAUGGUGAUUUUGAUUUUCAAAAAGGGAGUGAAGUAUGCAUUUUGGAAAAUCACAUCGUUAGAUCAUUUCAGUUUUUGAGAACAAAAGAAUAUAUGAAGGAGAUAAUAUUGCCUUAGUCAUCCCACAAAUCAUGAUUUCGUUUGAUUGGACCUGUUAUGGUGAUUUUGAUUUUGGAAAAGGGAGUGAAAUAUGCAUUUUGGAAAAUCAAGAUCAUUUUAGUUUUUGGUUUGUUACAUUGGAGUCUCUCGUUGUAAUACCCCUAAUUUUAAAAGGAUAGUCUCGGCAUUUUAUUUAUUGUUUUAUUUUAUUUUUAUGUGAUUAAUUGCAUAUUAAAUUGGUUGUUUAAUUGUUUUAUUAUUUGGGUUGUUUUAACUGUUCAAUUGUAGUUAGUUAAUUAGUUGCCUUAACUGUUUUAUUAAUUAUAUUACGUGAUUAGCUGAUUGGAUUAUUUAAUUGGGAUCAUUUCAUUAAAUUAUAUUAUUGGAUGUAUUAUUUGAUUAAUGGUUAAUUAUUAAAUUGGUUUGCAUUAAGCUGUUAUUUGUUUUAUCUUAAGGUAGGGUUUUAUGAUUCAACGUAGCCGACUUAAGGUUGGUGUAGGAUUAGAAUUAGGGUUUUGCCUCUAAUUUUACACGGAGUAGGGUUAUUGUUUUGAAGCCUAUAAAUACUAUAUGAUAUGUCGACUUAGGGUUUUAGAAUACAGAACCUCUUUUCCCGUAGUGAAAAACACAAAGAGAUACAGAGAGAAACAGAGAGUGAACUUGGGUGAUUAAUAAAGCAGUUCAAGGAGGAAGCAACGUGGUUGCUUCUGGGUUGAACCAAAGCACCGGAGGUGUAGAACAACAGUCUAGGACAUUGAUAGAACAUUCAGAGAUGGUGGAUUAGAGUUUCAAAACUGAAACUCAAGGUAAGUCUCUAUUUUACUCUUUCCCGUAAAUCUGUGUUCUAUGCAUGCCUAGGUAGACUCCAGGGAUUGAAUAAAUGUUAAAAUGGAUUAAACGAAUGUUAUAACACAUCAAUUAUGCAUACUUAAACAGUAUUUAAUUUCAUUGAAUUAUCUGUGCUGUGUUGCUUAAGAAUUUCUAACUGAAACCCUGUUGCCGUUGUUUUCAAACGUUGGGUUCAAUUCAUGUCAUGGUUGUAUACCAAUGGUUUAGGAUUAA